CUCCUCUCCAAAUUGUGGGCACAGGGAAGGGGAGAGCUGGCUUUAGCUUGGCGAGGACUUAGAUGGCAGAACCAGAACCGAGGCUUUUAAAGUGCACAAUGGCAACUCUUAAGGAUAAACUCAUUGCACCAGUUGCAGAAGAAGAGGCAACAGUCCCCAACAAUAAGAUCACUGUAGUGGGUGUUGGACAAGUUGGUAUGGUGUGUGCGAUCAGCAUUCUGGGAAAGUCUCUGACUGAUGAACUUGCCCUGGUGGAUGUUUUGGAAGAUAAGCUCAAAGGAGAAAUGAUGGAUCUGCAGCACGGAAGCUUAUUUCUUCAGACACCUAAAAUUGUGGCAGAUAAAUAUUACUCUGUGACCGCCAAUUCCAAGAUUGUGGUCAUAACUGCUGGAGUCCAUCAACAGGAAGGGGAGAGUCGUCUCAACCUGGUGCAAAGAAAAGUUAAUGUCUUCAAAUUCAUUAUCCCCCAGAUUUUCAAGUACAGCCCCGGCUGUAUCAUAAUUGUGGUUUCCAAUCCAGUGGACAUUCUCACUUAUGUUACCUGGAAACUAAGUGGCUUGCCCAAGCACCGUGUGAUCGAAAGUGGGUAUAAUCUGGAUUCUGCUAGAUUUCGCUAUCUCAUGGCUGAAAAACUUGGCAUUCAUCCCACCAGCUGCCAUGGAUGGAUUUUGGGAGAACAUGGCAAUUCAAGUGUGACUGUGUGGAGUGGCGUGAAUGUGGCAGGUGUUUCUCUCCAGGAACUGAAUCCAGAAAUGGGUACAGACAAUGACAGCGAAAAUUGGAAGGGAGUGCAUAAGAUGGUUGUUGAAAGUGCCUAUGAAGUCAUUAAGCUAAAAGGAUAUACCAACUGGGCGACUGGAUUAAGUGUGGCUGAUCUCAUUGAAUCCAUGUUGAAAAACCUGCCCAGGAUUCAUCCAGUGUCAACCAAGGUGAAGGGAAUGUAUGGCAUCAAGAAUGAAGUCUUCCUGAGCCUUCCGUGUAUCCUCAACGCUCGGGGAUUGACCAGUGUUAUCAACCAGAAGCUGAAGGAUGAUGAGUAGGUUGCUCAGCUCAAGAAUAGUUCAGAUACGCUGUGGGACAUCCAGAAAGACCUGAAAGACCUGUGA